GACAGAUUUGUUUAAAUAAUUUUGUUGUGGUCCAGUGUUCUUAAUUUUAUUUAAUCUUAUUUUGUGAAAUUGAGAAAAAGAACAGUGUUGGUUAAAUACUAUGAUUACACAUGGUUUAACAGCGUUUCGUAAUAGUGUAUGUGUGUUCAUAUAGAUUUAAACGUUAAUGCACUUUCGCUUCUUAUCAGAUUACAGAUGUUUAUCAGUCAACUUUGGCCCCCGGAACUUUGAAACGAGAUUAUCACAAAACAAUCGCAUUAUUAACGUUAUCUACGCCACAAAUAUUUAAAUGCAAUCAAAGAUCCGUUUCUUUGGCCGUUAAUUAAGCGAUAAGUGGUAACAAGUUGGAAUAAAUGCUAUUUAUUCAAUUUAAACACAAAAAUGGCUAUUCUUACUUAUAUGAACCCCUUUAAUGUAUUUCGUGAUUUUGUUCGUCUACCUAUCGAAGUUUUUGUUUCCGAUCAGUAUACAGGAUAUAAGAAAAAGACUAACGAAGGUCUAACAACUCUAAAAGAGUUGGUUUAUCGAGCAGCAAUAGUGUUGGUGUUUUUAUCGGCUUUAUUGUGGAUUUCUAUCUUUUUGUACGUGAUUUUCUAUUACACAUACAUGCCUAAUGUCACGCACGUGAGGCCUGUACAUUUGCAGUUCAAGUCAUGCGAUGAGAACAUGGGUGUGUGUUCAUUCCCAUCAGCACACGUCCAACUUACAAAGCGCAGUCAGAUGCUGAUGGCUGCCCAGCCGUACCGCAUCAAGCUCAUACUGGAGGUGCCCGAGUCACAGAUCAAUAAAGAUAUAGGCAUGUUCAUGGUGUGCGCCCAGCUGCGCGCGGCGGGCGGCGCGCUGGUGUCGGCGUCUUGCAGAUCCGCCAUGCUCAGGCAUAGAUCGCGGUUACAUACAGUGAUGCGCACGUUGUUCUACGCGCCACUGCUAGUGUCGGGUGUCAAUGAAGAAAAGCAGUUCUUACAAGUCGAACUAUUUAGCGACUUUGAAGACGAUCAGGCACGGCCCGUAACAGAUGCAUACGUGGAACUGCAGUCAAGAUUCGUGCAAGUGUUCUCAUCUGAGUUACACAUCGAAGCGCACUUCACGGGUCUACGUUACGUCAUGUAUUACUGGCCUAAAACGUCGGCACUUAUUGGUAUCUGCUCAAACUUAUUUGUGGUGUCACUAAUUUUCAUCUUGAGCUGGUAUCAUUUGCAAGAUGGCUUACCCGAAUUUCUCAAGUCUAAACUAGGAAUUGAGGUGAAAUCAGAAAAAGAUGACAACACAAAAAUAAUCUCAAAAAUGAAAUUGGAACGAGAAGAUUCGUUUCCUUUUAUAGAAGAAGAAUCACUUUUAGAAGAAUUUCAACGCUUAGAGAAGAAAACUUAGACUGUUUAUACUUAUUUAGUAAUCUAGGAUAAUUAGUAAUGUGUAAUAUUUUAAUUGUGAUAACCACGGACUUAUAAUAGCUAGAUGCUGGAGGUUCAUUUCAUCAUCAUCAUCAUCAUCAGCCUGUGGACGUCCACUGUUGGACAUAGGCCUUCCCUAAAGAGCGCCACCACACCCGGUCCUUAGCCUUCCUCAUCCAGCCACUGCCAGCCAGCCGCUUUAUAUCGUCGGUCCAUCGUGCUGGAGGUUCAUUUAAUAGUAUGAAAACUAACCAUGCCUAUUUUAUCUUACCUAUAGUCCAUUUUUUAAUCCCAGAGACAAAAAUGACGUUUCGUGUGUUGCCUGUUUUUACGGCUCUUUGAUAGUGAUGUGGUGCAAUCGAUACACAUCGAUUAUUUGUAGGUAUGUAUGAGACAACAAAAUGUACUAAAUAAAAUUCAGAUGCAUGUGAAAUAAAUAUGGGCUUGAUUCUCAAUUUAUGAGUUUUACAUACUAUUGAAAAAUUCUUUAGGUUAAUUAUGUUUGUAGCUUUUGUUAUUUAUUUAUUCUUCGUCUUUCAAAUAAUAUGUGAUUAGUGAUGCCUUUACACAUAAUACACGUUUAGUAAUACACAUUUCAUAUGUGUAUUUAACUCGAUAUGUUCGAAAUAUUAUUUUACUAACGAUUUUUAUCUGAACUGGAACCAAGAGGACGAUAUUUUUGCUAAGCUGGUAUCAUUUUUUUUUAAGUUUGUCAUUUUAGUCUCUGGGAUUAAAAAUAGACUACGUAAUAGUAUAUUAUAUCCACGGACGCUUGGCACUUAGGCUCUUUUGGGCACGUCCGGAACACCGUGUACGGUAUCUAGCUACUAGAGGUCAAAGGUAAUAACUGAUAAUUUAAACUUGGGCUUAAUAAAUUAAGGAAGAGUCUAGACAGCCACAAGCGGUCGUUCUAUGAUAAAAAAAUUAUCACGUCACAAGUUACAUACUAGCUUUUAAAAUCUGUACCUUAACACAAACUAUUAAGGGUCAUGAGACCGGCCUGGCCGCGAAAUUCAAAUUUAAUUUAGUUUUUCGCAAUUUGUAAACUAAUACGACAACGUAGGCUUAUGGUUAUUUUAUUUGCGACAAUGGCAAUAUCAU